AUGCCCCUGCUUUCGCUGCUGGGCGUGGGGUUGGUCAUCGUAACCCUCACCGUUGGGCUGGAGUUCAUCCUGCUGGCAGCGUCCCUGCUCCUACUGGUCCUGGGAGUGCUGGUUGUGCUGUUCAAGAUCUGGACCCUCUACAAGUUCCCUCGUCCGACAAAGAUUGCACUGUAUGUGGGAGGCAGCCUCUUGCCCUCGGAGCUCGUCUCGCGCGUUGAAUCCCAGUUCCAAAUCCGUGUGGAGCCAACCUUCACAGUCAUCAGGCUGGAAUCGCGUGAGGAGCUGCUGCCUGCCCGCUACCCCCGAUUCACCAUGCUGCGGCAGGCCCUGGCCUCGGUGCGGGUGGCCUUUGCGGGCCUGCGCCGCCGCGUCCCCGCCGUCUGGCUGGACACCACCGGCUGGGCCUUCCCCUACCCGCUGGCUUCACUGCUCGGCUGCCGCGUCGCGGCCUACGUCCACUACCCCACCAUCUCCAGCGACAUGCUGGCGCGGGUGGCGGGGCGGGAGGCCGCCUUCAACAACGACGUCGGCGCCAGCACGCCCGCAACGCUGGCCAAGGUGGCCUACUACGGCGCGCUGGCGGCGGCCUACAGCCUCUGCGGCCUCUGCGCCCACACCGUCAUGGUCAACUCCAGCUGGACCAAGCGCCACAUCAGCCUGCUUUGGCUAGGCCACCGGGACCCCUUCCUCGUCUACCCGCCCUGCAACACCGAGGCGCUCCAGGAGCUGCCACUGAGCCGGCGACUCAAGCGGCUCUACAUCGUCUCCGUGUCCCAGUUCCGACCAGAGAAGCAGCACGCUCUGCAGCUGCGCGCCUUUGCCCGUGCGCGGCGUGACGCCGAGCGCCUGGAGUCCGACGCCGGUGAUGCCGUGCUGGCGGCACGGCUGGAGUUGGUCGGCGGCUGCCGGAAUGCGGAGGACGCCGCCCGGAUCGAGGAGCUCAAAGCCCUGGCGAGGGAGCUGGGCCUCGAGGGUAGCGUCGACUUCCUGGUCAACCUCCCCUUCCCGGAGCUGCAGGCGCUGCUGGGCGAGGCGGUGGUGGGCCUGCACACGAUGCGCGACGAGCACUUUGGCAUCGGCAUCGUGGAGUUCAUGGCCGCGGGCGUGGUGCCCGUAGUCCACGACUCGGGCGGGCCGCGGGAAGACAUCGUGCAGCCAGAGGGCGGCGGCCCGGGGUCGGGCGGGGCCACCCCCACGGGCUUCCGCUGCGUCACCGAGGAGGAGUACGCCGCCGCGCUGACCCGGGUGCUGGGCAUGCAACAGCUGGAGAGGCUGGAGGUCGCGGCGGCGGCCCGGCGCCGCGCCGACCGCUUCUCCGACGCGCGCUUCGCCGAGGCCUUCAUGGAUGCCAUGGCCGGGUGCCUGCCGCUGCGGACCUGA